AGGAGGAAGUCAAGUUAACAAGAAGGCAGCUGUGUGCCCCAGUACUGCACUGUCGAGUCUAAUUGUACCAUGAAUAAAAGCAGACUCUCUCACUAUAUGAUCCUCGUCUUUGUGGCAAUUGCGCUUAGUAAUUUAUCCUCAGAUGGAAGGACACUGAAAUUUGUGGUUGUGGUUUUCCGUCAUGGGGAUCGAGCUCCAAUUUCUGCUUAUCCCAAUGACCCAUACAAAGAAGAUAUUUGGCCACAGGGAUUUGAACAUCUUACUGAGACUGGGAUUAGGCAGCAGUUUGAACUGGGACAGUUCCUUCGGAAGAGGUUUUCAAGCUUCCUUAAUGAGUCUUAUAAUGUGAAAGAGAUCUAUGUUCGAAGCACAGAUUAUGACCGUACACUCAUGAGUGCUCAGGCCAACUUGGCAGGACUGUACCCACCCAGUGGUAGACAGCUAUGGCAGUCAGACAUUAAGUGGCAGCCAAUACCUGUGCACACAGUGCCAAAGCUCCAAGACAAGCUGCUUCGCUUUUUCCAGAAGGAUUGCCCUCAGUACCAAAAGCUAAUGAACAAGACAUUUGAACUUAAGGAAUAUCAGGACAAAUUAAAAUCGAUGAAGAACAUUUUUAAAAUACUAACUAACUACACUGGAUACAGUACAGAAGAUUUGUUCCUGAAAAAUUUUUGGAGGGUAUAUGAUACCUUAUUGUGUGAGAAAUUUAACAAUUUUACUCUCCCUGAAUGGGCUACACCAGAAAUAAUGUCACACCUGGAGGAGUUUGCAGAAUUUGAGAUAUUAUCACGCAUCGGCAUGUACAAGCCAGAGGAGAAGGCUCAGCUGUUUGGAGGAAUCAUAGUGGACGCUAUUCUGAAGAACUUCUCCCAGGCUUUGCAGAAGGUGCCUGCUCUGAAGAUGAUAAUGUACUCAGCACAUGACAGCACUCUCAUUGCACUCCAAGGAGCCCUGAAGGUCUUCAAUGGCAAGCUUCCACCUUACGCUGCAUGUCACCUCUUUGAGUUCUACGAGGAAGAUAACGGCUUGUACAGCAUUGGAAUGUUCUACAGGAAUGACUCUUCAAAAGAACCAUAUCAGCUAACACUGCCUGGCUGUACUUCACCAUGUCCGCAUCUGCAGUUCACUGAACUGGUUGGCAACAUAUUGGCCCAUGACUUGGGAAAUGACUGUCAUGUUAAAGAACCAGAUAAUGCCAGCAAAGGCACCAUUACUGGGUUGAGCAUCACAGUGGUGAUACUGGGGCUAAUGGUUGUGGGACUAGUUGCCCUCAUCUGUAACGUAACUAAAGGGUACCGAGUGGUCUAAGUUGAUAAUAAGCAGUUAUUGAAAAAGGAAUAUGAAUGAAGCUUUGUCUAUUUGACCACAUUUCCUGUGGACAUCAGUCUAUGAAAAUAAUCAUCUACUGAAAAAGUACCGUGAAAGCAACUUUUCCUGUCUCACCAUAUUUUCAAUGGUUUGCCAUCUAAGAAGACAAAAUUCUUCUUUAAAGAACCUGAAGGAAGCAUUAACUAUCUCACCAUAUUUUUAGUGGAAACAAAGAAAAGUGGCUCUGUAUAACAGUGCGUUGAUUAUGUUGGACGGUUACUCACAAUCCCUCAUUUACUGUUGACAACAGCAUGCUUAUGGUUGCAUAAAUGGAAAGUUCCAUUAACUGGAACACAUUGCUGCCCAAUCCUCUGUUAAUUGGGAGACUUGCAAUUAGGAAGAAAGACUGAGAAGUGUGCGCACUCACACAUUCACACACACACACACACACACACACACACACACACACACACACACACACACACACACACACACACACACACAUAUGUGUGUGUGCCAGGUACUUGCCUGCUUGGGGUUAUGUACCAGCUGUUACUUCUAUACUGGUCAUACAUCUGAUUCCAUUCCCUUCUGCAAACCCUGCCUAAUAUGACCUACACUAAUGGACAAAUGUUACAUGCUCUGUUUUUUUGUAAUGUGUUAAGUACACUUCAUAUAAACAUUGGUGCUGUUGAGCUGCCUUCUGAACAUUAUUUGUGCAGUAAUAGUUACUGUAUGUACUCUUUCUUACUGUACUUUUUAAAAAAUAUUUAUUUAACAUUUUGAGAUCUCCUUUUAGUCCUAAUAUAUUUGUCAAACCCUACAUUUCUCCCUUCUGCUUCCUAUUGGUCUGGUUCACAAUUGAUUUGCUGCAAAAGGCAUACCUCGAAUGAAAUGGCUUUCAGGAUACAGAGCAAAAUAAUGCAUUCCAAAUAGUUGCUCAGCAGAAAAAAAUAGGUCUGGGAUCUAAGAGCAGCUCACAUAAUUCACCAGUCAAGGUAUAUGAUGUUUACUGUCUUCAAUAUAUAGAAUAGCUAGUUGCACUGAAAUGAAAAUUAGAGGCAUAUCAUUAGGUCACCAAUGCAUGCUGUGUGAGCCCAGAUUCUUUAUUAGUAGCUUAUGUACUGUAUUUUUUUCUUGUGUUAAACAGUGCUUCCCCUUGAGUAUUCUGUGGUAGUGUCCUGCUCACGCUGAGUUUUGGUGUUAACAAAUUUAUAUUUUAAAGAUGGGUGAUUUACAUGGGAGUACAACACACUCCACAAUAUUUUGGUGGGCUUGUUCACUUUGUACAGAAUUAUAUAUCUUAAAAAAGCAUUACAUACUUGUGUAAUACCCUUCCUCUAAGUAAGAUAUACCAUUGCCCGUUUUUCAUGAUAUAUCAUUCCAUCUUCCUCUGUUGAGAUGAUCUUCUUUUUCUUUUUUGUUCCCAUUAAGGGUCGCCACAGCGGAUCAUCUGUUUCCAUUUCUUCCUGUCCUCUGCAUCUUGCUCUGUCACACCAACCACCUGCAUGUC